AUGAAGAAAUUUGAUACCCAAAAAUUUGUUGCGGAUCUGAUGCAACAACAGUGGGAAAAUGUGUAUUUCUUCGCUGAAACUCCAAAUGCAAAGUGGGAAAUUUGGAAAAUGCUAUUCUUAGAAGUACAUGCACCCCUUCAAAACAAAAAGAUCAGAACAAGACGAGUCCCUUGGAUUACAAGUUCCAUAAAAGAACUUAUUAAUACAAGGGACAAGCUUAAAAGAAAAGCCAUUAUUACGAACCUCGAAAAUGAUUGGUUAAGUUAUCAAAGAACUAGGAAUAAAGUAAAUAUAGAACUAAGAAAUGCCAGAAAAGAUUACUAUUCCACGAAAAUUGCUGGUGAUAAGUCCAAUACUAAGGAAGCUUGGAAGACCAUAAACAGUUUAUUGGGAAGGCAAAACAAACCAACAAUCGUAAAUGAGCUAAUAGUUUAA